AUGUCACCAAUUGAAAAGUUGUCAAACUCCGCCGCCACUGAUAAUGAAAGAAUAUCAGCAAGUUUCUACCGAACAGUCUAUCGACGUUGGAGCAACCGCCCAAUCGAAUUAUUAUGCCCCCUUUCAAAGCCAACCCGGCAAUUGUGGCACUCUUCUCAGGCUAUUUACAAAGUUGCUUUUGGAUGCCUUGAUGGCGUUGAGCAACAAAUUCUACUCCCAGUCUUUCCCGAUGUUGAAAACAUCACUUAUUCCGGCGAAAAUGCAACACACCAGGCGACCUGCACAUUCUCUCUCACUGGUGAAUUAAUCGAAGCUCAAGGUCACUUAAUGAGAGGAAAAGACCAAAGUCGAUUUGAGGUGGUACUGUUUACGAAGCCUGGAAUCCUUUUGACUUUCAACACUACUAUUUGUAAAACUGGGGUCAUUCGAAACGGUUCGUGCAGCAGCAUGGAUUCGUUGGGGACGAGUUUUACAGGCGAGCAGAUGAACAAACGCUACGUGGACCGCUUUGGCGUCCGGUACAGCGUUCGAGCACGUCACGGUGACAGACACCAGUGCAUGGUCAGCAUAGACCGCAAAGUGCAUUCAGUCGCCGUAUUUGUAAGAUCGGACUUAAACGAAUGCGAAAUGGCGGCCGCGGAGUCAGUGCAAUUGUGUCAGGGCGAAUGCUUAAAUCUUUAUCCCGGCUACCGAUGCUCCAACGACAGCUACUCGAUGCCCUGUGAAGACUUUAAGGCAGAUGGCUGGACGUGUCUGGGAGAAGAACGGAGGCUGUAUCCGCCAACAAGCGUGGAAUUGGACGGUGUUGGAACGUGUGAACUAAGCGCCAACGAGGGCCACAGUUUCUGUCCACUGGGUGUGAUGGACUGCAUCGACACGCCGUUUGGACCCAAGUGUCGAAGCGAGCUCCAACCUCCGUCCGACGAUGUUUCCGACCUUCUCGGUCCAGCCGAAAUCCAGGACGGGAAGGGAACGAUCGACGUUGGAUUGCUGCUUCGCAAAGCCUCUACAGACAAGAACUUGACGUACCUGGUCCGGAACUCCGCUGGAUUGCUUUUCAAGGACCCUGAUCAAUGGAUCAAUACGUUCUCAAGGAUCACAAGUAACUCCCUCCAGGCCCCAAAUUCUCUAUUUGAAGCGCGGGAGGACGUCAGCUCAGAGAACCUUCUUCAGUCCGUCGACAUGCUUCUAAACUUGCACAGGGAGAGAAUGGUGGCACUGGAGUCGCAGCACUCGCCCGCGCCGUAUCCGGCCACCUCGACUCCGGCCAAACCGAGUCAGCCGCGGUCAAUUUCGGCGUCGCUUGUCCUGCGGUCGGCGUCGGCACUGCUGAAUGUCUUCUCAGCGCUUUCCCCUGAACAAGACGGGCCGGAGGUGGACAAACAGGUGGCCGAGGAAUUCGUCAUCCACCGGAGCGGUUUGGAGCUUCGACGCAUCCGAGCAAGCCAGGAACCAAAUCAACUGCUGAAUGACUCAAUAGUUGUCACCUCGUUCUCAAAUACGUCCGACCUGGGAACUGCGCUAGUGGUGACCAUUCCCGCGAAGAAAUUGGAGCCCUUUUUGAAGCGGUCAAAUUUGACUGGGGGAGUCAAUGCCUCUCUAAGUGGGUCCCUGCCUGCCGAGGCCGAUUUUGCCAAUUUGGACUCUGAUGUCUACAUAAUUCACUCUUCGAAGCUCAUAAGCCACUUUCGGCUAAGGAUGGCAUCUAAGGAGGAGCAUCAACUGGACGUCACUUGCCGGAUCUGGGACAUGCUAAAUUACCAAGACAACUCGUUUGCCUCGCACAACUGCCAAACGCAUUGGAUUGGCGGGAAAUACUAUGAAUGUCGAUGUGUGCCAACGCGGUCUGGAACGUUUGCCGUCGGUUUGGUCUACAUUAUGAGCAGCAAAGAUCUCAAGUCACGACUUCUGAGGCAAAUUUCUUCCCCCCUGAAACGUCGCUUCUCCCGAGAGUGCAGUCCGUUAACGGUGUUGUUUAAAUCACUUCGCCUAAGCGCGGCGGUCGUUCAAAGUUCGUGUUUGCCCUCUUCGCGUGAGCCGCCAUUGCGUGCAAACACCCAGGACCUCAAGAACUACGGAGCGUCCAUAACCAUCGUGAAUUACGUCUGUUCUGUCGUCACCGUGAUUGCCCUCUCUCUCUUCCUCUUCUUCACUCGCUUCGUGAUGCAUCAGAGGCACUCCACGUCCAACUGCCAUUCGUCGAUCGGAAAAAAGAUACUGGAGGGAACGCCGGUUCCGACGAGGGUGGGACGGUGGCAGUGA